AUGCACUUCUCAAAUCUCAUCGCCGCCUCAUUCCUGGCUGUUGUCUCGGCCCAAGACACCUCCUACCCGACAAUCAACCUAGGGACCUUUGGCUACCCCCACGGCAACCAGUUCGUCGCCUGGUCCCCGUUCACACCGACCACGACCCAGGACGUCACCGAGCUGUGCGACACCGGCGGCGCCAUCCAGGGCACGGCGACGUGGACGGCCAUCAGGGUCUACAACACGUACGUCUUCGACCCCAUCUGCCGCAAGCCCUUCAACAUCACCGACGACGCGACCAACACCACCUACUACGACCUGGAGCUGGCGUGCGUGGACGACAACAUCGACAUCCACGCAAUGCCUGAGGUCACCGCUGUCGUCGAGAGGGCCACCAACAAGACGGUCGAGGCGUGCGCACCCGUGCCGACCGUGGAACCGUAUGACUGGUACGGACCGUGUUCCACCGGCGGCGGCGCUGGGUUGACGUGGCAGUUUGCUUGCUCCGCUGGGACGGUCGAGGAUGAGUGA